GACGAUUACAUGAAACGAAAUUUUUCUGCCUGAAAUGUCAGAAACGCUGGCUUUGCACCUUCUCUAUGUUAUACGUUCUCUGUUGAUGGGUUUUGUCAAUUUUAUGGGUCUAUUUAUUUUGCUAUUCGGUCUGUGAAAUUUUCCUUCAUACUAAUAUAUAAACAAAAUUAUUGUUUGAGUGAAAUUAUAAUUUAAAUACAUAAGAAACACUAGAUAUUGUUAAAAAGGAAGACAAAUUUUGAUACCAGGGAUGGAAAUUAGUAUAAAGUGGAAUAUUUGCCGAAUUUGUUUGGCAGAAGAAGGACAAAAUCAUGGUGCAAAAUAUAUUAUAAUUGACUCCAAAACGGCGAAACAAAUUAAUGAUAUCGCAGGCAUACAGAUGGAAAGAAGCGACAACUUACCAGAUAAGAUUUGCCGUAAAUGCUUGCUAUUGCUAAAAUAUUCAUGCCAUUUUCGGACUACAUGCCGCAACUCUGAUGAAUAUUUACAAUCCAUUAUUCAAAAGACAAAAUCUGCAACGUCUAUGUUGAAAAUGGAAAAACAAAGGCAUCGUUCAGUGGAUCUACUUGAAGAAAGUUUUAAUGCAGAUGAAGAGUACAUUUGUCCAAAUGAUAUAUAUGACGAACAAUGCGAUUCAAAUGUAGAAGUACCAUUCAACAAAAAGCGCAAACAAUUAACCAUAACACCUCCAGAGACAAUAGGAGAUAGUGAUUUUAAUAAUACCAGUUUUGUGCAAAACGAUACAAUUAAAGUUUUAAAAAAACAAGAUCAUAAAAAAGAUUCCUUGGGUGAGUCCAUAAACUAUAUGAUUACUAUGGAUAAGGAAAAGAAAAUUGGAAAUUCUUCGGGUCCUACUACAAGUACAAUUUCUGGCAAAAUCCAAGCUGAAAAGGAAAGCUUGAACCAGAAGGGUGAGGAUGAAGAAAAUCAAAUGGAAGAGUUUUAUGAAAAUAAACAAGUGAAUUAUAUAUCAAAAGGCAAAUACAUUCAGAUAAGAAAAGAUGAAAAAUGUUCAGAUAACGAAUAUUUAGAUGAGGAUUAUGAGGAAAAUAAAUUUAUCGACUUUGGUAGAGAUAUCCGGAAUUCUACGAUAGAAUCUGAACGCAAGAUAGUUGUUUAUGGUUUUGAGGAAACUAAGCCCGAUAGUCAAGGCAUGAUCGAAAUUCAAAAUGAAAACAGUUCAGCUAGUGAAAACCUUGGUAGAGAUCCAUUAUUAAAAAAUAAUACAGAAGAGAUGAAGACGGCCCUGCGCUUGCCUUCUCCUAGAGUGGAAACGGAACCAGAGGCAGAUGAAGAGUUAUAUUAUUUAAUAGAUGAACCCGAUAUUAAAACAGAUGAAUCACCAAACAAUCAACUUCAACAGGUCGAGCCGGAUCCAGAAGAUGAUGCUCAUGAUGAAUCUACCAUGAAUCUAAUAGAUGAUUUAACCGAAACAGAAGAAACUGCGUAUGAUAACUGCGAUACACCCAUAUCCGUAGCACCGAUAGAAGAGUACCUGAUAGAUGACAAUGAUAUCGAACCUGCUUCUCGUCAUGAACUAGUAUUACUAGAAGAUCAGCGGCCUAGUUCCACAACUAUAAGGAUUAAGGGUCGUGCUACACCUCGUAAGAAAUCCAGUGAUUCUUACAUGUAUUCUUGUGAUGUUUGCGGUAAUCAUUUUACUAGCCGAAGUCUUAGAAAUUAUCACAUGAGGAUACAUCGAAAAGAAAAAAAUUUCGAAUGCGAACUAUGCUUUAAACGUUUUACGGCAGCAUGUAAUCUAACAGCGCAUAUGCGCAUUCACACAGGGGAGAAACCUUACCAAUGUAAAUAUUGUUUACGAAGAUUUACUGACCGCAGUACGCAUGUGAAGCAUGAACGUGUGCAUACAAAUGAAAAACCUUUCCCAUGUAGUACCUGCGGUAAAGCAUUUGCCUUGUCCACUACGCUACGUACGCACGAAAAGGUCCACACAAAUGAAAAACCUUUUAAAUGCGAACCGUGCGACAAAUCAUUCAAACUGCCACACCAACUAAAGUCUCAUCUGCUUACCAACCAACAUAAGAAUAUUUUAGAAGCAAAUGAGAUAGGAAAUAAUAUAUAAAUAAAGUUAUUUCGAUACAAAACAAAUAUACUUUAA